UCCUCGUGUUUAUUACAUAGUCACACAUGCGACUCACAAUAUUGAAAUGAUUUAUGAAUUCCCAACGCCUCAAAACGCUUUACCGUUCUAUUAAUUGUAUUAACUUGCAUGCGCACAGCCUACGCACGUCACAUAUCGUUUCCUAUCCUCAUUCAAACAUUCGCUGUCGUUAUGUGCGUUCAGUGACUAAAACUAUGACCUCAGAACCGUUUGCCAUCCCGUCCCAUAAAUACCGCCUGCAGAAGAACAUCAGCAAGAGCUCGCGACCAGGUGAAUCUCAACCGAGGAAUCCACCUACAGUUACUCGAGAAGAUGGCUUUGAGAACUGAAGAUGGACAUUGCAAAUAUAGCCUCUUAUUCGCUCUCAUUAUGCUUUUUAACAUAUCCUUAAGCACAUCUGUGAGUUUCGAUUUAACGGAGCUGCGAAAUAAAGUUUCGAAAAUAAAAGUGCAUCCACGUGGGAAUCUCUGGGCGACAGGUCAUUUCAUGGGCAAGAAGAGUAUUUCAAACAGCCAGCCGCAGGACUCUCCGUUCUCCUCGAAGCUUCUCAGGAAUACUGUGGGAGAAGAAUCAGAGAGUUCCGAGGAUCUGAGGGAGAUGAUCUCUCAGGAGCUGCUGAAAGUUGCUCAGCUUGAACAACCAAAAGGGACACGAGAUGUUUAUAACCAGGAUAGAGACUUCAUUGUAAAGCUUUUGAAAAGCUAUUCGUUGGAAAUAAUUAACUUAUGACUCCCAAUUGUAAUAAAAUGUUAAUUUGACAAACU